AAAUCCACAAACUCCCCACUCCCACACUUCCACCUUUCUCUCUUGAAAACUAUAAGCCCAUCCAAAAAACUGCAGGAGAGAGAGAAACAGGGGAAAGAAACAGAGUAAGCAAACCCCACAAAUCAGUCAAUCUAAUGGGCUGUGUUUCUUCCAAACAUUUUAGGAAAGAACUUAAAGAAGAUAACAUCAUCGUCAACAAUGGCGGCGGAGGCGGAAAAUGUGUUAACCACGUGGUCUCUCUUACUUCCACUACCUACGGUGCGCUAAAACUUGAGAGCAACGAAAAACGGCAACAACAACAUCAAGAAGAAGAAGAAGAACCCAUUAAAGAAAUAGUGACAGAGAGCAAGAAAAUGCAGCAGAGGUCACCGGUUAAAGAAGAACCAGAGGUCAUAAAUACUUGGGAACUCAUGGAAGAUCUUGAAGAAGGAGGAGGAAUACCCAUUUCCAACCAUUCCAAGAAAAGCCCUAAAACUAGGGUUUUGCUUCGUGGGUUUGCUGAUAUGGAGGCCAGAAGUCCAUUGAAGUUCUUGAAUCAGAUUGGGUCGCCAAGAAAAGCCAAGACAUUUGGUGGGAAAGAAAAUAAGGUAAGGAAAAUUUCAGAUUUUAGUCCAAGACCAGUUUUUAAAUCUAACAAUUCUACACUUAAAUCAAGUAAGGCAGUCCUAAAAUUGAGUUAUCCAGUAAAAGAGAGUCCAAGUAUUGAUAAUUCUGAGGUUACUUCUAGGAGGAGAAGUUUUAGCCCUUUAUUUGAUCCAGAACUUGUUGCAUUAUAUGAAAAAGAGUUAACUGAAGAAGAAGGGCAAAUUAAAAGAAUCAUUUGUCAAACACCAAAAUCUCUAACUUUAAAGAAUGUCAAAGAAUUGGAGUCCAUUCUUAAUACUUUUGAGAAAAAAUGCCCGCCUGGAGGGGACAAUGCAGUUGUGAUUUACACAACUACACUGCGAGGAAUUAGAAAAACUUUUGAGGAUUGUAACAUUGUAAGGUCAAUUAUUGAAUCACAUCAUAUUCAUCUUGUUGAGAGAGAUAUUUCAAUGGAUUCGGGUUUUAAGGAGGAGCUAAGAGGGCUAAUGGGUAAAAAAGAAGUGAAAGUUCCACUUGUGUUUGUUAAAGGAAGAUUGAUUGGUGGUGCUGAUCAAGUGGUGAAGUUAGAUGAAGGGAAAUUAGAGAUUUUAUUUCAUGGGAUUCUUAAACAACUUGCCGACGAAUGUGAAGGGUGUGGAGGAGUUAGGUUUGUAAUGUGCAUGGAGUGUAACGGAAGUUGCAAAGUCUUGGACGUGGAGCAAAAGAAGAUGGUUAAAUGUGGUGAGUGUAAUGAGAAUGGAUUGAUACACUGCCCUAUUUGUUGCUAAUUUAACUUCCUUUUCUUUAAAAAAAUUUUUCUUUUACUUCAGUUCUUGAAUUGCAACUGAGAUUGUUGGUUUUUGCUACGUAUGAUUCUUGAUUGGUUUUUGUUCCUUCGUAAGGAAUGAACAGAAAAAAUUAGGUUUGUGUUUUUUCUGUUCUUGUGAAAAAUAGGGUACAAAAGUAUGCUCUUAUUUUGUAUUUUCUUGCAAGUUAGGUUCAAAUUGGCUGUGUUUCUAUUAAUUAAUGACUACUGUAAUGUAUAUUUCAUGCAAGAUAUAUUAAUUUCUGUUUAUUUUUA